CUUUCUCAACUCCUUUUGCUACACCAAACAGCACAUCAGCCCUACUACCUCUGCCAGCUGCAGUGACUUCACUUCCUUCUCCUAUCAUGUCUUCAGCUUCUUUCUCAUCUGGUGGCUCCACUACUGUCUCUGAUCUUCCUUUACCUUCCAGUCCCCCCACUUCAGGAUUUUGUGUGUCUUCAAACUUCAAUGCUGAUCGAUCAGCACAGAGUCCACUGCUGCCAUCAUUUUAUACAUAUCCUGUCGCAGGCAUUUUGGCAGAUUCUAUUAAUCAGAAAGCACCUUCCUCAUCACCUUUGACUCCUGGAACUAGUUCUGCAAUCACUUUUCCUCAGGAGCAUGAAGACUCUAGAGUAUCUGCUACCCAAGGUGGAGCAACUGCUGGAGGACUGUGGUGCCUUAUAAAGGGUGUGACUGAGAGUCCCAUGGUGAAAUCUGUUCUUGAUAAAACCAAACAUUCAGUGGAGGCUGUGAUCACAACGCUGGAUCCUGGCAUGGUUCCAUAUAUCAAAACUGGAGGAGAACUGGACAUAGUGGUUACAUCUAAUAAAGAGGUAAAAGUUGCAGCAGUUCGAGAUGCCUUUCAAGAAGUCUUUGGAAUGGCAAUUGUUACUGGAGAGGCUGCACAGUCUAACAUCGCACCCCAACCCGUGGGCUAUGCUGCAGGUUUAAGAGGAGCCCAAGAAAGGAUAGAUAGCUUGCGUCGAACAGGAGUAAUACAUGAGAAACAGCCUGCUGUAUCAAUAGAAAGCUUCAUUGAGGAAUUGCUUCCUGACAAGUGA